AUGCAGUCUGUUGCACAUUCUGAUACACUUGGUAUUGUUGCUGUUGGCCUUGAUUGUUGUUUGGUUGUGGCUGCUGGACAUUUGGUUGAACGUUUGGAUUCUGUUGUUGAUGUGCUUGAUUGUAGUAAAGCGAUGGCAAACUCUGCUGUCCCUGUUGCACGUUCUGUAGAGGUUGCUGAUUGGCAGGUGUUGGUGAGAGUGGGUUUGUUUGCAGGUUGUAGCCAGAAGGAGUCUGCGCUACUUGGUUCUUUCUCUACCUGUGCAUUAGUUACUCCGGCCAAAUUGAAAAUGCCAAGAGGAUCGAGGAGGGAUGAUUGUGCUCCACCUGCACCAGCCUAA